AUGGCGUCGUCAACUCCCUCCGACGUGGCUGGCUCCAAGAGCAUGGCAGGCCCUUCGAAGACCGACCUCGAUGGUCAUAAUCUUCCACCAUCCCCGGCCCCUUCAAGUCCUAGAAAUGGCCGUCGGCGCUAUGCGUUAGCUACCGAAUUAGUCUAUACGGAAGGAAAGGAUCAAUACGGUGCUUCCAGCAUUCCCAUUUACCAAUCCGCGACGUUCAAACAGUCUUCGGCUUCUGGCGGCCAGCAGGAGUACGAUUAUACACGGUCUGGAAACCCGACUCGAACGCAUCUCGAGAGGCAUCUCGCGAAAAUAAUGAAUGCCAAUCGUGCUCUUGCCGUGAGUUCUGGCAUGGGCGCCUUAGACGUCAUCACUCGCCUGCUGCGUCCUGGGGACGAAGUUAUCACUGGGGACGACCUUUACGGCGGUACUCACCGCUUACUCACAUACAUGGCCACCAACCAGGGCAUCAUUGUUCAUCACGUCGACACUACCAAGAUUGAAGCUGUCAGUGCGCGAUUAUCAGAGAAAACGGCCAUGGUUCUUCUAGAGACUCCAACGAACCCCCUCAUUAAGAUCGUCGACCUAGCCUCCAUCGCUCAAAUGGCCCAUGAUGCAAAUUCGAAGGCUUUGGUUGUCGUAGACAACACAAUGCUUUCUCCCAUGCUGUGCAACCCGUUGGAUUUAGGCGCAGACAUUGUGUAUGAGUCCGGCACGAAGUAUCUAUCUGGUCAUCACGAUAUUAUGGCCGGAGUCAUCGCUUGCAAUGAGUUGUCCAUUGGAGAUAAACUGUUCUUCACAAUUAACUCAACCGGCUGCGGACUCUCCCCCAACGACUCAUUUCUCCUCAUGCGCGGUGUCAAGACCCUUGCAAUUCGCAUGGAAAAACAACAAGCCAGCGCGCAAGCCAUUGCUCAGUUUCUUGAAUCACAUGGGUUUCGGGUUCGCUACCCAGGUCUCCGGUCUCAUCCACAAUACGAUCUGCAUUGGUCAAUUGCCCGAGGAGCUGGCGCCGUUUUGUCCUUUGAGACCGGAGAUGCAGCUAUGUCAGAACGAAUAGUGGAGGCGGCGAGACUAUGGGCCAUCAGCGUCAGCUUUGGCUGUGUGAAUAGCCUCAUUAGUAUGCCUUGUCAAAUGAGCCAUGCGAGUAUUGACGCAAAGACUCGUAGGGAGAGGCAAAUGCCAGAGGACAUUAUCCGACUCUGUGUUGGGAUCGAAGACGUGACAGAUCUGAUUGAGGAUUUGUCUCGUGCGCUCGUCCAGGCUGGAGCUGUGACUGUAACAAUGGAUGGAUUCCACGCAACUGGCACAGCAGCAGAGCUAGGCAAAAUACCACUGGCCCAAGAUUAG